AUGCAGGCAAUUUUCAGUGAUCUGGAAUGUUUGGCUAUAAUCAUUGCGUGCCUCUCCCACGACCUCGACCAUAGGGGCACCAACAAUCAAUUUCAGAUCCGCACCAUGUCUCCCCUCGUCAACCUCUACUCCACUUCGGUUCUUGAGCAUCACCACUUUGACCGAUGUAUUAUGCUUCUCAAUACAAAGGGCAACGACAUUCUCUGCACUCUGAGCCACGAUGAGUAUCGUCGUGCUGUCAGUAUUAUGGAGAAGGCCAUUCUUGCGACCGAUCUCUCGCGUUACUUCGCAAAGCUACCAGAGUUUCGACAGGUACUUGAUGAUCGAAUUUCCGCAGUGGGUGAAGAGACGACCAAUGAUAUUGUCGUCAAAACCAUGUGGCAAACAGAGACAUCGAAUCGAGAAUUGCUUAUGUCUAUGCUCAUGACUGCUAGCGACGUCUCAGCGAGUACCAAACCGUGGCCCGUACAGAAAAAGUCGGCUGAAUUAGUCGCAAAUGAGUUCUUUGAACAAGGGGAUCUUGAAAAACAAAAGCUUAACAUAAAGCCGGAGGCAGUCAUGGACCGAGAUCUCAGUCAUCAGUUUCCACAAAUGCAGAUCGAGUUUAUCGAUACAAUCUGCGCCCCUGUAUAUAAGGUACGUGUUCACAUUUAA